UUAUAUCGUCCGAGAGCGUGUUCUGUCUGCCUCACUUCUCUCUCUGCAGGCUCCGAUUGCACUAAACUCCAGAAAGGCAUUUUUGCGAGUUUACCAUCUUUGCUACUGAUCAUCACGGAUGUAUUCCUUCACUCCGAUGUCUCAAAGCCGUAAGUAGAGGACCACGUUGUGCGAUCAGCUCUGGAGCAAUGGGACGUGGGGCGUUUUGGGGUGUGUUGUGCAUCUUCAUCUGUUCCGCUGGACUUUCGGUCGGAACCGGCUUUAUUUACCAGUUUCCAGGACUAACACUACAACACAUAAACUCAGAACAAAGCAUCGGACCCCCGGCCGCUGGCAUUAACUCGCAACGCAGAAACUGGUGUCAGUACACGACAUCAAAGACGGUCACGUGCCAGGUGCACAACGGUACGGAGACGACGGUGCAGAGAGUAUUUCAGGGCUGUCGGUGGCCAGGGCCCUGCGCGAAACUCAUCAGUUACAGGACACUGGUCAGGCCCGCGUACAAGGUGGCAUAUCGCCAGGUGACUGUACUGGAGUGGAAGUGCUGUCCAGGCUUUCAUGGGAGCGACUGCAGCGAAGAAUGCAUGAACUGCACAGGUUACACUGAUUUAAGCGUUCGUCUGAACACCGUUGAGUCUAAGAUCAGGUUACUAGAGAGGGAAGGUGCUCAGAUCCCAUCCGUUCAUCAUUUGCCAGAAGGAUCCACACACAAUGAGGUAGAGGCACCAAACCCCACUUCUAUUGGACCCCCACCUGUCUGGCAACCAGGGACGAGGGGUCCCCCAGGCCCUGCUGGACCUCCUGGGGAACCGGGUGUAUCAGGCCCUCCUGGACCUGCAGGAGAGGCAGGGGAACCAGGGCAGGUGGGACCCACGGGUCCAAAGGGGGAAAGGGGCUUACCAGGAGAAAUUGGCCUUCCGGGGCCCCAUGGACCCCCUGGGCCCCCCGGGGCCCCUGCCUUGCCCAACUCUAUCCCUCUGAGGGGCGAUGUAUUUCAGGGUCAGGCUGAAACAGGUCAACACCUUGCACAUGUGGGACUUCCAGGGCCACCUGGUCCUUCUGGCCCCCCUGGACCUGCUGGAGCCCCUGGCAUCCCUGGUCUACCUGGACUAGAUGCGGUGGGGGGUCUUCCGGGUGAAUCUGGAUCACUGGGGCCCAAGGGAGACCCUGGUGAAAGGGGAGCUCCAGGUUUCGCUGGGCAACAAGGGCAGCCUGGCCCAGCAGGUGCUAAGGGACAGAAGGGAGAUCCAGGAGAGAGUCUGCCUGACGGUGAAGGAGCUCAGCAGCUGAGGGAAGCGCUGAAGAUUCUGGCAGAGCGGGUGCUCAUUCUGGAGCACAUGAUUGGUAUCCACGAAAGCUCGGUCGAGGCUGGCUCUGGACUGGAUGGACUGUCAGAUGCUCUUGCUCCGCCUGCCAUGAAGAUGAAGCGGGCUGGAUCCCUGGGCUUGUCCUCCCCCUACUUCCAACUCCAGCCUCUCCACCCGGACCAGCACAAGAGGAGGAGUGUGGGACAUAGAGCAUAGCCAGGACUCAUUACUGCUUUCUUCUCAUGAGUGCUGAGAGCAGCCCCGUCGAAGACUCGCAACUUUUCAUAUAUGGGUCAUUUGUUUUGCUGGACCAUUUUGGAAACUUGUGUCUUUUUAAUAAUUUGACAUUUUGUGUG